AUUUGUUUUCAGAAAAAUGUUCUCUUCUAUCGAGGGUGUCCUAGGAGGACAGGAAAAUAUCAAGUUCUGGUCAGUUUUAGAUCAAACAAAAGGAAAAGUUGGGUUUCUGAAUCAUCAUUUUAUUGGAACUAAUCUCAAAUAUAAAAAGGUAAUACUGAUUGGUCUCGAUCAAACAUUUAGUCAUUACCAUGCUGUAGCUCUUAAAUUGGGACAUAAUCUUACAAAGCAAAGAGAAGAGAAAAAAUUAAGAUUUUUUAAUGGAGCCCGACAUAUUCUUCUCAACACUAUUGGUCAAGAAUCCAUGCUUAGACCGGAGAACGGGUUGAAGGAGUUGUAUAAAGAGAUAUCUGAUUUACUGGAGCCAGAUUCAUUCCUUAUACUUGAUAAUAUAUCCGUCCUAACCAGUCUAGGCUUCUCCAAUAGAGAGGUUUACUUGUUUCUGACUAAGUUGAGUAAACUUGUGGAUGGACUGAACAGUUCUAUGCUCUCAACAUUUGCACAGUUGGAACCUGAUUUGCUUACUUAUAAUAUAUCCAGGAAUUCUGACAUUCAUUUUGAAAUACAGGAAACUGCCUUAACUGGAUUUAAAAACUGGAAAAUCUAAAGACGUCACUGGGAACAUAUCCAUCAACAGAAGAUCCGUGUGUGGUGGAUUCUCCAGGGAAGAUUAUCAGUUCAGAUUAGAGGAGAAAUCUGUUAAACUUUUCCCUCCAGGCACCUCAGGGGCUGUACUUUAAACCGGUGGUAGGGGUUUAACCCCCUCUCCCCCCCCACCCUGACUGUGCAAGUAAUGAAUAAUUCUCUUUGAAAGACCAUUUUUAGUUAGAAAUAUUGUUGAUCACAAUGAAUUCUAAAAAGUUUUUCUUAUUGUUUUCGUUUUUUUUUUUGCUAUCAUUGACUAAACAUUAGGGUGACACAGGAAGAUGAAAAAAAAG